CCCAUUCUAUCCCUUACCCCGAAUUGUUCAAAGAAGAUGUGAGCUUUCCAGAAAAUUCUAGGUACUCCCGUAGUUAUACCAUACCGCCAGCAAUUUAUUAAGCCCCCACCGGAGUUAAAGGGGGCAGUUUCCAGUAACCCCGGAUUGACACUAUCAACUUCGUGCCCUCGCCUAUGAAUCUACCUAGGUGGAUUGCCAUGUAUAGGUGGAUAUACUUGGCUUGCUUGUCUUUUAUUAUGGAUAUGUAAUUAUUUAGUGAUGAAUUAAGAGUAGAAAGGGGAGAGCCAUCAGGUCGGAUAUAUCCCCCGCCUCCCGGCCUUUCCACGCCCUUGUUUCUCAGGCAAAGUCUUGCGCCCAUGAGAUGACUUAACAUGGAUAAUAUCUAUCGAUUGAGACAUGCGACACACCUGUGGAAUGAGAAGGGCCAAAUUUGAACGGCAGAGUCGUAAUUAACUCCCAAAUUUGCCGAAACAGGAUCGAAUGAUCGAUGCCCUUGAAACUCCGCUCCGCCUUCCCUUCGCUCUCCCGCUCCGCUGGCAGGCAGUCAAUCUAAUCUACCGGUGCUGCUUCACAUAGGGUACUUUGUUUUGAGAAAAAACAUUUCCAAGAUCCCAGGUGUCAAAGGCAUCUCUAUCUACAUCUAGGGGUUUAUAGCACAUUGCUCACACAGGUCCCAGUAUGGAAAAUUUAUCCAUAGAAUGUUGCUUGCUAUCGGGAUACAAACAUGGCUAUCUGCAUAUAUAGGCCUGUUAUUACCCUCUCCCUGUAUUGCCACUUUGAUGAAUGGGAAGACAUCUGAUGUGAGCAAUAAUACUCUUCAUAGAUCUAGACAUUCCCUUGUCAAGUUCAGACCAGACUCCACAUUGAGGAAGAAAGAGAUAAUGAUUGUUGAAAUUAACAUUUUCCACAUAAUCAAAAAUUACAUACACUCCUGCUGCUCAACUGCAACUGAUGCUCUGAGAAUGAAAGUGCCUGUCAAGAUAAGAUCACAAGUUACUGGCUCUCUUGAACUGAAAGAGCCCUGUUGCACUGAAUACUAUAUCUGGAGAUUAUGAACUGAUGUGCAAUCUCCAACCAUCACUCCAUUGAUAAUACCUAAUCAACUAGUUUGGCUGGCUCUGCACCCACAUACUCAUGACACAUGAUGCUUUCUGUGGAUUCUGAUGGAGCUGCUCUUCAAUUAGACACUCUGAAACUAACAUUGAAAGAGUUGUGAGACCAAUCCUGGGUGACCGGCGCUAUCUCUGUCUAAGCUCUGGGUAUUUGUAGCUUAAAAGGGGGACUUCAGCUGCUCAGGGGGCGCCUGGGAAUAUUCCCAAGCUGGAGGCAAAAUACCCAAACAAAACUCCGCAAACCUGGGGCUACAGAUGGCCCCAAACCCAGACACGGAUAGUCUGUGAAUGCCUGAAUGGUAUCCCCGUCAACAUCUAAAAGCCUCCCCGAACAGGUGAACUCGCGGAAGCAGUUUCAAUUCAAGGCGCGAUGGGCUUUGCUAUGAGCCAACCGAAUUAUUUUUGGUAUGAUUUUAGAUUGUUUGGUUUGUGUCCAACUAACAGGGCUUCUUGGGCUAUCGUGCUUCUUGUGCCAAAGUGCUUGCCCAGAAUAUGUUCCUCGGGAUUAGACAUGUGAUAGUUAACCAAGUGAUGAUUUGUUGGUGGUGGAGAACAGAAGGAAGCGGGUCCUUCAAAACUCCAUGUCCAGCAAACAGUCUUUCUAAAUUUUCUAUUUUCUAACCUGGGCAGAGUCUACACUUCUCCUCUACUUACUCCGUGGAUCUCACAAGACCUCUAAAUCAUAGAAGAUCCUCCCUCCCUCAACAGGCUAAAUUUCUUUGCUCUCGCUGCCACUCAAGACCAGCUGACUCUUUCCUCCCAAAGUGGAAUCGAUG